ACGUUGCAGUGGUAGCAGCAUAAAUAAUGGCAACUGGUGAUGAUAUCCCGACAUUUAAGCUUGUACUUGUUGGGGAUGGCGGUACGGGCAAGACGACGUUUGUUAAGCGACAUCUUACAGGAGAAUUUGAGAAAAAAUACGUUGCAACAUUGGGUGUUGAGGUUCAUCCACUGAUAUUUCACACAAACAGAGGUCAGAUUCGAUUCAAUGUUUGGGACACAGCUGGGCAAGAAAAGUUUGGCGGAUUGCGAGAUGGUUAUUAUAUACAAGGUCAGUGUGCCAUCAUUAUGUUCGAUGUAACAGCACGUGUUACUUACAAAAAUGUUCCAAACUGGCAUCGUGAUUUAGUGCGCGUUUGUGAAAAUAUUCCGAUAGUUUUAUGUGGGAAUAAGGUAGAUGUCAAGGACAGAAAAGUUAAGGCUAAAACGAUCACAUUCCAUCGAAAAAGAAUCUUCAGUAUUAUGAUAUCUCAGCGAAGAGCAAUUAUAAUUUCGAAAAACCUUUCCUCUGGUUAGCCCGAAAAUUGUUAGGCGACCCAAAUCUAGAAUUUGUUGCAAUGCCUGCACUUGCUCCACCUGAAGUACAGAUGGAUCCAACAAUGGUUGCACAGUACGAACAAGAAAUUGCUGCUGCCGCGAACGCUGAACUUCCAGAUGACGACGAAGAUCUCUAAUGGAUUGACUGUUGCAAAGGUUCUAGCACAGAAACCAAAAAUAUUUUGGAGAAAAUGCACCAUUAUCAUAUUACUGUUAUUGCCGUGCUUUUUAUGUCAUUUAUUGAUUGGUUGUUUUUGUGUUUGUUUAUUCUGAUCUAUUUUUUCCUGAAUUUACAUAAAUUUGAUACAUCAGCGACAAAACUUUGUCAUUUAUCCAUUGGAACAUCAACGGUGAUGAUAUUGCUGCAUAAAAUCGACGAUCCUUGAGCUCUAAAUAAACGG